AUGCCACUCAAAGGCACCUCACCAUUCGCAACCUUUCUCAUCGUUGGCCCAACAUGCUUCUUCCUCGGCAUCCUCUUCGCACUCUUCCCCUACGACUACCACGUCCUCUGGACAACGCCGACAGCUUACAAACACGCUUCUGACAUGACGAUCCCACCCUUGACCCAAUACUUCGCCCUUCAGGAGAACCACCUGAAGUUCCUGCACGCCAGUCCACCUCUCAUCAGCCGCAUCCUACACAUCGUGAUCGGAACGGGCCUACUAGGUUUCAUGAUGAAGCUCUACAAACCCAGCGAAGCGAAUAUGCUCUUCGACGGCGCGAGCCUGGUGUUGUAUAUGUGCGGCAUCGCAGUCUACAUUGCCAACAUCGUGAAGGGACUACGGACCGUGACGGCCGGCGCUUAUGGUGCAGAUGGCCUGCCAACGGGUGCGACAGUCAAUGACGGAGACAUUAUCGGCAGGGAGGAUAGUCUGCGGGUCUUGGCUGCGAGUAAUACCAUCUUGGCGCUCGUGCUGGCGGGUGUCUUAAUUUUGCAGGCAGGGCAGUGGUAUGCGCAGCGGAAGGAGGCGGAGGAGAUGGAGGCUAUGGACAAGAAGGAUAGUGAUGAUCGGAAGGCUGCGAGACAGGCGAAUCAUUCGCAUUCGUCUGGUGGGGGCAAUGGGAAGAAGAAGCAGUAG